AAAAAAAAAAACAAAAUAAUAGAGAUGGUAAUUGCCCAUUAAGCACCCCGUAAUAAGGAGGUGCUAAUCUCCUUCUUUCAAGUCAUUGUUACUGCGAAAUAUGAAAAUACAAAUAAUCAUUGCAAUAAUUUACCAAUAAAUAUUAAUUAAACGGUAAUCGUGUACAAAUUUAUCGCGUGAAAGUAAGCAUAUAAUAUUUGAUAGCACACAACGGUACUCACUUCUCGGAUUAUAACAGUUAUGAUAUAGAAAAAUUGAAAUGUAUUUAACCGUGGGCAUAAUCAUCACCGCAUCAGUACUGCUGGCGGUACUACCAGGGAACAACAGUUCUUGCACAAGUUUCUCAGCCCUGGCCGAUCCCUGUGGUUGCACCAUCUCGAAAGAAAACUUCGACCCAAUAUGCGGUUCAGACGGCGGAACCUACUUGAACGAAUGCUUCUUAGAGUGCGAAAAGACAAUAAGUCAUACCGAUAUUAAAGUUAACCAUAAAGGUGUGUGCCAGCCUGACUCGCGGUGCUCCUGCCACGCCAGAUACGAACCUGUGUGUGCCACGAACGGAGUCACGUACUCCAACGAAUGUGUCUUGGAAUGCAACAGGAAAAAGGAUUCUUCAAUCAGUAUUAAUCAUAAAGGAGAGUGCCCGGGUGGCGGACAUUCACGGUUAAUAUCAAGAACUGUAUUAAAGACAUGUACUUGCAACCCGGCGAGCGGUCCGAUCUGCGCUACGAAUGGCAUCACCUAUCCCAAUUACUGUGUGAUGCGCUGCGAUUCCGAAGCCUUGGACGACAAGUCCAUAGACUUCGACCACUGGGGAGUAUGCAUCUCUACCUCUAGAGAACAACAGAAUUAUAAAGACCCUAAGAACUGCAAAGGAAAGCAAUCAAACGGAAAUGAUAAUCGGGACGAUCCAAACGAACAUGUAAAUAUGAAAGAACCACAGGACUCUAAAGGUCGUUGCACAUGCGCGGCUGUGCACAAACCAGUCUGUGCUACCGAUCACAAUACAUACGCCAACGUAUGCGUGUUACACUGCCAUGCUAAGAAGGACUCUAGCAUUAAAUUCCUGAAGAUGGGUGACUGUUCCGGCAGCGACCCACGGCUGGUAACGAGAUAUGGCGGAGAUGACUCAAUACUCCGUAUGCUACACUUCCGCAGGGCACACCAUCGUCGGAACAACAACCAACGAUGACUGCGUCACUGAUACAUUGAAGAAUUAAAACAAUACAUAACUGUUGUUGCUGUGUUUUUGUAUCAUGCCUUUAGGACUUCACUUAUUUUAUUAUUUCCUACCAAUUAAUACAAUAGGGAUGAUGGCAGGGUAUGAAUAUUAAAAAUGUAAUUAGUCCGUCAGUUAGGUAAUGAAAAAAUAUUACCGAGUUACCCGGGCUCCGGCUCGAAGUGCAGGAGAAGGAACGGGGUGGUUUUUAGUCAGUAAGAGUCUGACACUCACGCCUCACCCAGACGAGAGCAGUCAUUCGAUGAUUUUAUGUAUAGGCGUAUAUGUAUAAGCGAAUCAAUAAAACAAAUAGAAUAUGACAAAAAAUCUUUA